AUGUACCCAAGUUAUCCUAGUUAUGUCCGGCACACCGAUCUCUCUAUCCGAUUUGCUGUCCCCAACACUGAUGUUGUGAAGAACAUACUUCAGCACUGCGAAGACGACGAUAAUCUCCGCCGCAAAGCAGCGGGUAAUAUUCUUUACCCAAGGAUCCAACGAUUGGCUCGAAUAAUGUCACGACAUCGAAUUCAACUCGAUACAAUAAGUACAAACGAGUUGGGCAUCACCUUGUUCCUACCCCCACCACCAUGCCCACCUCCCAAGACGACGUUUAGAAACCUUUUCCCCAGAUUCAGGCGACAGAAAAUACCCGAUUCCAAACUAGAAACUAUUAACGAAGAGUCGGAAGCAGAAAACGAGGAACUAUAUAGGAAAGCAAGGGUUCAGUUUUCUAGCACCGAAUGGAUUACGCUCUAUGAGUAUCUUCCUGUUGACAAGCGGCAUGCGGUCUAUGUAGCUCCAGGCGAAGGUAAUGAGUCCAUAAGGCUCCACGUAUAA